AUGUCUUUUACAGAAAAUCUUUCCGACGAGGCUCCGGCAGCUGUCAUCCGUGAUCAGGGUAAAAUAUACACUGCAUGCGGCGAGGGGAAAAUUCCCUUCGUGAGUGCUAUUGACAUCGCGGCGGUCGCAUUCCGGGCCAUCACCGAUCCCAAGUCGCACAACUGCGACCACCGCGUGCUGGGACCAGAGUUGCUGACCUACGAUGAGGUGGCCGAGAAAUUGUCCGCCGCGUUAGGUCGCCCUAUCGAGCACGUGAAGCUUUCCGGGGACCAGCGGUACGAAGGUUUGGUCAAUGCUGGGGUCUCUAACUACUUUGCUCGACUGUUAACCAACUUGGAAACCGCGGCGUCUACUGGAUUCGAAACUCGCAUGAACGCUACCGUGGAGACAGUGACAGGACGGGCCCCCAGGACCCUGGAUCUUUUUGCACACGAUAAUAGAGGGGCGUGGCAGUCAGUGGCUGAAUAA